AUGGAUUCUCAACCUUCAUCUAAAGCACUACAUAAUCGCAUCAAUGCCAACAUCUCACAAUUACUACAGCGAUUUGAGAAUAUAAUGGCAACAGCUACUGUCCCUGUGGCCCAAUGGCUGACUUCCGUCUCUCAGGUUGAAAAUACAAGUCACACAGCAACGGCUGUAGAAACGUAUCAGCUUGACGUGGAGUCAACGGCGCUGGUGCGCGCAGCAGAGGAUAUUCUCUCCCUCACCCGCACAAUGAAGGAGGCCUGGCUGUUUGGGAAACUCGACACGCUGGGGGAAGACGAAGCGGAUGUGAAACGGAGAGAGCAGUUGGAGAGCAAUGCUGAGGCGAUCCAGAGAGCUAUAGCGGAGGGUGGGCUGCUGAAGCCGGCGAAGUGA